AUGAAGUUCCGUAGGACAACAAUCAGCAUUUGUUCCGGUUCGAUUCGAGGACUGGUUUUCGCCCGUGAUUUCCUCAAAUGGGCAAAGUCGAGGACUGGUUUCAAGUCCACCGAUGAGGUUUACUCUUAUUUUGUUGAUUUACCCAUGAAGUUUCGAUGGCCAUGGAAUAGCCGGGUUAAAAUGUCUGGAGGCCCCCUAGUAAACAGGCUUGUUCGGGUUGGUAGACCUACACAAACUGUGGCAUUGUUUGAGAUUAUGGAGAAAGAUCAUGGGUUUUUGAGAAAUAUGGAUUCUUUGAAGCAAGGACUGUUGUAA